GAAGCUUUUGCUCUUCAAAACACAAACACGUGUUUUUACGUUUUGUUUUGUGAAAAAAAAGUUAGCCAAAAAAAUCAUGGAAAAUCCAAAAAUUGAAGGAGAUGAGGAUAAAAAGGACAUUCUGGGUUUCCAUCAAAUGGAUUUGGAUGAUAGGAUAUUGAAGGGAAUCGCAAAAUUGGGUUGGAUUGAACCUACGGUGAUCCAGGAGAAGGCAAUUCCACUUCUUCUCGAAGGGAAAGAUGUCCUGGUACGUGCUAGGACGGGAUCUGGCAAGACAGCAGCCUUUGCUAUUCCGACAAUUCAGAAAAUCCUCAAUUCCAAAAGUAACGCCUCAGAGCAGGCUAUUGCAGCUCUAAUUCUGGGCCCCAGCAAGGAACUCUGCCACCAAAUUCGGCAAGUUAUUGAGCAUUUGACUGUAAAUUGCGGCCGGGUGGUAAAAUGCGUUGAUUUGGCGUCAAAUGAAGUGACAACACAGAAGCAUCUUCUCUCUGAGAGACCGGAUAUUGUUGUCAGUACUCCGGCAAAGAUUUUGCACCACCUCCGUGCCGGGAAUGUUGAGUUGGGAGACAAUUUCUCAACGUUGAUCAUUGAUGAAGCAGAUUUGAUGUUUUCCUUUGGUUUUGAGGCUGAACUAAAGGAAGUUCUCAACUUCCUGCCGUCAAUUUAUCAAGCAAUCCUUGCUUCAGCCACCCUCAGUGAGGAUGUCCUAACACUGAAGAGUCUUGUGCUACAUAAUCCAGUGACGCUGAAGUUGACAGAACCCGAUGUGGCUCCCACGUCGCAUCUUUCGCAUUAUCACAUUUCCGCCGAGGAGAACGACAAAGCGGCUAUCCUGUACGCUCUGUUUAAGCUACAUCUCAUCCGAGGGAAGAGUGUCAUCUUCGUCAACACCGUCGACAGGUGCUACAAGCUGAAACUCUUUCUGGAGCAAUUUAAUAUAAAAUCUUGUGUGCUGAACUCUGAACUUCCGGGUCAAAUACGCUGUCGUGUUGUCAAUCAAUUCAACAUGGGUAUCUACGAUAUUAUCCUGGCAUCCGAUGAACUUGCCCUGGAACAGCCGGUGAAAGACAAGAGUAGCAGAAAGAGGAAAGCCGACAAAGAAUCGGGAGUUUCACGUGGAAUUGAUUUCCAACGCGUGUCAAAUGUGAUCAACUACGACUUCCCGCUUGAUGUGAAUUCCUAUAUUCAUCGUGCAGGAAGAACAGCUCGUGGAAAUAACAAAGGAAGUGUUCUAUCAUUUGUUAAUCUAAAAGAGAGGCCACUGAUGGAUGAGGUUGAUGAACAUCUCAAGGCGGAAUUCGACAUGGAAGAGAAUGUUUUGAGGAAGUACCAGUUUAAGUUGGAGGAAGUUGAACCAUUCAGAUAUCGCGCAAUGGAUGCUUACAAAGCCGUUACAUCGAUUGCAAUUAAGGAGAGUCGUCUCAAGGAGAUCAAAGCUGAAAUUUUCAAUUGCAAUAAAUUGAAGACUUUCUUCGACAACAAUCCUCAUGAUCUUCAGCUUCUUCGGCACGAUAAACCCCUUCAUACGGUUAAAGUACAGCCCCAUCUGUCCGAUGUACCCGACUACAUUAUCCCAAAUUCCCUGAAAGGUGUUUCAAAUGUGGCUACAAAGCCCAAAAAGGUUCCCGGAGGUGUCAGGAAGUCCAAGAAGCAGAAGAUCUUUGAGAAGAAGAAGGCCAAUCCACUUCUAUGCGCGGAAAUUGAUUAUGCAAAGAAGCAGAAGGUGAAAAUAAAGAAAAAUAAGUAGAACACGUAA